UAAUUACUCUAUAAUAAACCACUGUAAAAAAAAAUUUGAAUAUAAUGGGACUAACUUCAAAUGAGUAAAAACUGACAAAUAAAACGAUUAGCUGUGUAGAUCGAGUACGGAAAAGUAAAUAGCUAUAAAAUGAAGGUACAAGACAACCUGUCUUUCAAUUAUUGUGGGCCUGUGGGGGGAACAAGCCUGAAAAUUUGAUGAGGAUAAAGCUUGUCUUUUGAAAAAUCCUAAACAUUCACACCUAAAAAACUUACUCCCUUAUUGAUUCGUUUGCAUUUCCUUGCAUUCCUCAAAAACACAAUAAACCCAGAAGAGAGAAAAGAUGGAUGUAGCAGGAGGGCUUUCACUGGUGCAAACCAUCCUUCAAUUGCUGGACUCUGCUGUUUUGAAGGAAACUCAAUCUGUAUUGGGUGUGAAGUCCCAGCUUCAUAAACUCAAGAAGACUAUGUCCACCAUUGACGCCAUCCUCCGUGAUGCUGAAGAACAAGAGCGGCUGCACCACAGUCGUUCCAACUACACUGAACGUAACAGACUUGAGAGGCUUAAGGAAGCUCUUUAUCAAGCUGAUGACUUGUUUGACGAGGUUACCACUCUUGCUCAUCUCAAGAUGCUCAUGCCUGGCGACAAAUUGAGUAAAUUGAGGUUACCACUCUCCCUUUGCUUCUCUCAGUUUAAUCAGCUUCGUUCUGCUGUUAAUUGGUCUCGAGAGAUCAAAAGCAUCAGGAAUGAGUUGGAUGAUGUUGUCAAAGAUCAUCACCUUGUCGGUUGGUUUAGACACUCGGUUGUGAUCGAGGACAGCCGGGUGAGAAAUAACCCGAGGGAAACUCACUCCUAUGUGAAUCUGGAGAAUGAUGUGAUUAUUGGGAGAAAUGAUGAUAAGAGGUUUUUGAUAGAUGCGUUACUAGACACUACUGUUGAGGAGAAUGUUUCUGUUAUCAGCAUUGUUGGGAUUGGAGGUUUGGGAAAAACUACUCUUGCUCAACUUGUCUAUAAUGAUUACAAGAUUCAGACAGAAUUUCCGCUGAAGAUGUGGGUUUGUGUCUCUGAUAAUUUCAAUGUCAAAGCACUUGCUGGUCAAAUCCUUGCAGCUGCAACCAACCAGGCUAAUCAAAGUGAUGGCCUAAGUAUGGACCAGCUUCAGAUAAAGCUUAGAGAAAAAAUUGAUAGGAACAAGUAUCUACUUGUUCUGGAUGAUGUUUGGAAUGAGAAUUCUGAAGAAUGGAGGAAUUUGAAAACUUUGUUGGCUGGAGGUGGGAAGGGUAACAGAAUUUUGGUGACUACGCGCUCUAAAAAGGUAGCUGUUGUCGUGGGAAGUUGUUGGACUCAUGAAUUGAAGGGUCUUUCAGACGAAGACUCUUGGAAUUUGUUUCAGAGAAUGACACUUGAACCGGGGCAACAUCAAAUAGAGGCAAACCUGGUUGAUAUAGGAAAAGAGAUUGUUCGAAAGUGUGCAAAUGUUCCACUUGCCAUUAGGGUGGUUGGAAGCCUUCUUCGAGGUCAGGAUGAAAGUAAGUGGCAGAAUUUGAAAAAUAACGCCUUGGCAAACAUUAUACAAGAUGAGGCCAAUGGCAUAAUACCGGUGUUGAAGAUCAGUUACAAUUAUCUUCCAUUUCAUUUGAAGAGUUGCUUUAGUUACUGUGCUGUAUUUCCCAAGGAUUACAAGAUUAUCAAGGAGGACUUGAUAUGUCUUUGGAUGGCUCAAGGCUUCAUUAUGCCAAGAUUAUAAUUUCUCAUUAAAACCGUUUGUGGGGGGU